AUGGUAGUUGAGGGGAAGCAACCGCUAAAGAAGAAAUCCAAGACAGAGAGUCUCGUUGAUCUUCAGAAUAAUAAUGAUAAUAAUAAUGACUCAUCUUCAGCUUCAACUCAUCCUCUCGAAAAGACGACUACCAAGAAAUCAGGCAAGAAGAAAAAGCAACGACCGAUAAAGGAAACUGAUACAGAGUCUGAAGCUGAGACAUCGGAAGCCUUCAAGUCCUCGUCCGAGUUUACCAAAAAAGGAGGUCGGGUGAUUGGAAAACGGAAGCCAAGUGCUCGACCAAAAGCUGGUAAUUUUGUACCAAAUCAGGACAUUCUGAAUCAGCCAUUUCCAGAUUCACCAGGCUCUCUGAGAUCUACAAGGCGACUGAAACAAUCAAAUCUGCUUAGUCCAAAGCAACAGGGGGGAAACAAACUAAACACAGGGAAUGGUCAGGGAGAAAAAUCAACAGUAGCGCAAGCUAGAAAGGGAAGGGGGAGGACUCGAUCCAUAAGUCCGACAAGAAUCGAUAGUAAAGUGUCGGUUGCGUCCGAGGGAAAAGGGGCAGCUAAGAAAAAGAAGAUAAAAAGCUCAAGGAGCCAUUCUGCAAGUCCAGUGAGGAAAGCCAGCAAUGUUUCAACUUCAUCAGACGGUGCCUUGUCAAAGUUUCUUAAGAAAAGGGAAGAGAGCAGCCGAUCCUUAAGUCCAACCAGAAAAGGUAGCCAUGUUUCCAGUGUAACCGAUGGAAGUGGAGAACUAUGGACCCUUCCUCGUAGAAAAUCAUCCGUUCGUUCGAGUCAGUCCUUGAGUCCAACUAGGCAGCGGAGAGGCUCAUUGGCAAAAGUGAUUGAAGAAAAUGAAUCCGCUGGGGUAUCCACCAUUCUGAGGAAUAAAAUGAAGGCAAUGGCAAGGAGUGAGUCUACUAGUCCAGUCCGAAAACCAAGGAAUGUAUCAAAAGCUGUCAAAGUAGGGGAACUUUCACCAUUGUCUGGUGUGCUACAGAAGAAAACGAACGAAAUCAGAAGGAGUCUAACCUUGAGCCCGAUACGGGAAGCAAAGACUGUUUCGAAAGCGCUCAAGGGCGACCAAUCAGCACAACUCACGAAUGUUCUGAAAAAGAGAAAUAAACAGGCUGAAAGAAGUAGAUCCCCAGUCAGGAAAGAAGCGAGAAGUAGAUCAUCGAGUCCAGUUAGGAAAGGAAGAGCCACUUCCAGAGAGGAUGACGAAUCAUUUGCGUCAUCCAGAAAGACGACACGACGACCAGCGAGUCGGUCUCUGAGCCCAGUGAGAGAGAAUACCGACGUGUCGCAAGUCGAAAAGAUGCCAGCGUCACCAGGAUCGCUGUCCACGAUGUUGAGGAAAAAGAGGGAACAACUGCAGCGAUCAUUGAGUUCCAUAAAAAAGACCACCGAAAGUUCACAGGACAAUGAUGGAGAUGGAUCAUCGCGUGGGGCGAGAAGUCUUCCAUUGAUUCCAAAGUCGAGGAAAUCGUUGUCGCCAAAAGGUCGUUCUGCCAUAGAACAUCAAAACUCGGCAAGGAUUGACUUUACAGGUGCUGUCAUUGAUAUGGAUGAGAAUCCGAGUGAACAUUCACAACUCACAAUGCCCACCAGUGUGCACAAUGACGGCCCAGAGAGACCAAAGAAUCGAAUGCAAUCUUUACAAACAAUCAAGUCGCACCAAGAAAGUGACGAUGAAGAGGAUUAUGGCCAACCUGCUUCAACACUAUCCUUUGCCGCGGAACCUCCAGUUUCGGUUUUAUCGUUUGGGGAGAAGACUCCGGACUCGGCGCAAUUUUCUGUUUUCGAUACAAGCGAAUUAGGUUCGGCGUUAGAGGAGCACAUUCAGAAAUCCAGAUCCAAAGAUACAGAGAACUCUACACCGUCGAUAGAAGAUGAUGACUCUGAAAUGGCGAGACCUUCCUUCAGACAUUUGCAUCCGGAGUCCGAGCGGAAACCAGUGUCUGAUAGAGCUGCCCCGCCGGGUGGAAAUUUGGCCAACAGCAAUCGUGCAGACUCAUUUCCAGAUGAUUCAAAGAUACAGAAAUUCCUGCGGUACAUGUACAUUUUGCCACCGCAUCGUAACGAAGGCUCACGAGAACGACGAAUGAGAAUACUCACAUGGGCUUCUCUGUUUUGUGAUUUUCUUGCUGGCCUUGUUGCGGUGUCCACCUUCCGUACUGUGAAUACAUGUUGUGGUGUUCCCAUCUUGUCAACCAUCGUCAAGACAAAUUGGGACUUGAUUAUCAGAGUCAUUGUCUACGUCUACAUUACCAUGAUUUUUCUGGAGGUUGUUCCUGUGGUUCGACACGAAUUGCCAUUUAAUCUGAUCAAUCCAACUCUUGGGUUCCUGGUCACAUUCGCAGUGUUCUUUGAUGACGAUAUUGCAGAAGCCGUGUUUAUGUGGGUGAUCGAAGUCAUUGCAAUCAUUUGUGAAUUUGUGGUAUAUCGUUUGAAGAAAAUCACGUACCAGGAGAAAGAGGGCUUAAUCAUUGAGACUGAAGAAGAAAUCAAGGAAAUCAAGGACCAAAUGCGAGAUCGAAGGCGAAGAAUGAAGAAUCUUCGAGAAAGAGAAACACCCGAUUCUCCUGGCAAAUACAAAGGGAGGGAAACAUCCAAUUCUCCUGGCAAAUAUAAAGGCAGGGAAACAUCCAAUUCUCCUGGAAAAUACAAAGGUAGGGGGGCAUCCAAUUCUCCGGGCAAAUACAAAGGCAGGGCGAUGAAGCAACUGAGUGGGGAAAAUGGUGCCUAUCCAGAGCCACCUUUUACGCCAACAGGACCGAAAUCAUCUGGUUCCAUUCGCUCCGAUUCAAACAAUCGUUCUGCACCAGGCUCUCGAAAGUUUUCAAAUUCACCAAAACGAAUAGUAUCGAGAUCCCCCAUGCACGAGAGGUCAUCGCGCUCGAUGAGUCUGGGAAGUCGAUCGGCAGACGGAUCUCUAUCUCCGGUUCGAACCUUUUCCAACUCUCAGAAACGCAUUUCGUCCAGGUCACCGCUACGAGAAAGAUUGGGUGACACCGAGUCGAUAGGAUCGAGGGGCGCAUCCUUGUCGCCUGUACGGGAAUCCUUCCAUCCACGAAGGACUUCGUUGUCCCCGAUGCGACGAGGGUCUCCUGGGUCCUUAGUCCACGAGAACAACUCUGCAGCUUCUUCCAGAUCUCCCGUUCGACACCGAAUCAUCAAACGAACCGCUUCGUUGUCACCCGUCAGACGAGGUUCCUCUGGCGCUUUUAGCAACCGAUCCACUGGGUCGUCAACACUACGAUCCGAUGCGAGUCCUGGUCACAGUUACCGCCCGGGCCCACGCUUGGGGCGAUCACCAGUCCGGCGGCAGUACUCAUCCUCUGAUGUGAGGCGUGUUUCCUCGGAGUCCAUGCGCCUAAUACCCAUGGGAAGUGACGAACACCACCCGUCGAGUACGUUUAGCAUGACUCUCGAGGACGAGGAAUUGGAAGCCCAGCGAAAGGAACAACGAAUGGAUGAUCAGGCAGAGAUGAGGAAAAUGAUCAACGUUCGUAGGUGGAAACAAGAGCAAGAAGUCACCCUGUCAAACUUGGGGUAUUUGUUGGUGGGGGUCAUCUACAAUUUUUGCUUGGUGAUUUUUACCAUGAUAUUCAUUCUUAUGAUUGCCAAAAAUGAAGGCUUGUGUAUUGCCGAUCUGUCGGCUCCCGCCAUCUUCGAUUCGGGGCAGUUGGAUCGGUGUUAUGAAUGCAUUGGUGAGGAUUUGUCAGAUGGACGCUGCGAAGUCUGCACGGAUGAAGUCAAACACUGUUAUUGGGGAUACUAUUAG